AUGUCGCGCUCGAUGUCUGACAAAGACAAAGAUCUCUGCGACGCAGGGACGUUUGCCUUCCGUUAUAUGCUCUCCGUCGUGGUGCGGAUCCCCGCCUCGAAGAAUGUCCGCAGCAGACUCUCGCUGGUGCGCAGCGACGUACCGGCGACUAUCCACAUAGUGAACGUCCCGCCUCCCGUAGCUACGUCGGUGUCAACGUCCGAUGUACCCGCAAGGAACCUUCCCGCUGCGCCGGAGGGACACGAGAUGGACACUCGGAGCAGGAGCAGGGCAAGGGCACAAUACGCCCUGAAGCAGCACGCUGAUGUCCUUGAUGUAUGCGACACGAGACGGGGACCGGAGCGAAGGAUCUCUGGUUCCCAGCUGUGCGCCCGACGUUCGCGAAUUGGAGGACGCGCUCCAGGUGGGUUUCCUUCGCGUGCGACCUCUCUGUUCCCGCGAUUGGAGACGUUCCCGCCUCUAAUAGGGAACUACGGGCGUCAUCGACGCUGCGAAGCAGUGCUGCUGGUGCUGUUCCUGACUCGCCGAGCAUCUCGCUCGGCACACGGAUCCGCACUAGACGUUCAAGUUCGACGUGGCGGGAUCCGAUGGUAUCAUCUACCCUUGGGCGCCGCCAUCAUGCUUGCCGUCCGCGAUCCUGGGUGUGCUGAAGGACGCACUCGAGGAGAUGCUGAGACCCGCUUUCGCGACGCAUGUUCCGAGAGGGAGAGACGACAUGGCUCGCCUGCGAGCGCGGAAUCCGAUAUGGAUUGCGUUUGUGGCAUACGCUUCAUCGUGUCUUUCUUGCGACAGCCCGGGUCAGUGCAGCGCGGUUCUCUGACAUUUGAUACGACGGGCGUGGGGUGUGCGGAGUGCGCACCACGGCGAGAGUAUGACGACAGCAGCCUCUCAACCCUGAUACGACAUGUGCGGGCUACGGUAUCUCAUGAUCAAGUACUACUACUAGGGCAUAAACAUGUCCGUGAGCGCACGGUUCCUGAGAGAUGGCGCGCUCUAUUUCGGGUGAAUCACAAAGUAGUUCGCGCAGCCAGUGCAACAGCAACGACUGAGUUCAGCGCAUCGCAGCCUUUGACUAAUGCAAGCACGCUCCAGAAUUCCAACUGGUACUGUUCAUCUAAGCGUACGCUGAACCUUGAGGGCGCGAAUAAUUCGCUGCUCGUGACCGCUGUUGGACUGCACCUUUCCCCCGGUGGCUACAUCUUCGUACUUCAUUUCCCGAUCGCGCGAUACUCUGUGCCGCUAGUUAAAAACCUCCGAUGUUCUUUGACGCAAGCCUCGAAAGCCGAACAAAUAUCAGAGAGCGUUGAUGAGGUCGUAGAUGCGGGAGAACACGAGCUGCUCAGACACAAGUCGCGCAAGAAUAGCAGCGUGUUCCUGUCGCGAGAGCCCAGCCUCGCAUCUAUUUGCGUGCGGUACUCUAUUGAGGAACCCGGAGGUAGUACGCCAGUGAACCUAAUUGCGCGCUGUGCGGCAGGACCGAAGGCCGACAAACCGUGGGUACUUAGUAUGCCUUCGUCUGAACCACCUGCGGUACCGCCUCGUUGUUUGGCGAGCUAUAACUCUCAAACAUUGCCUAUCGUGUCUACCCUUCUGCCGCAAAUCAUGAGCGUAUCCAAAAUUGAGCAGGACACAGUGCUCAAAACUUCACGUAUCUGGAUUGCAAGACGAAGACUGACGGGAGCGCUGCUUAGAGCAGUUCCCGAAACAAUUGCACUCCAGGCUAUCACGGCUAGCUACGAUGCCGUUAUAGCUGUCGUAACGGCCUUGCGUGUCUAUGCUAUCAAUGGCAGAGAUUGGCGACUAUCCAUCAUUGUUUUCAUGUUGCUCCUUCUGUGCAGUGCUUACGAUGUGUUUGAAGGUAGUACUACGCCUGGUGUCGCUGUCCCUCCGCCAGUCGGGUGUAUAGCUGAGAGUUACACUGCCUCUCUACUAGUGGACAUCAUAUUGUAUAUUGUGUCGAUUGCCACGUCAAUCGCUGCGGAUGGUAUCGUGUUCAUCGUUACCUGGCGUCGCACAUACAAUGUCGUACGACUUUCCCGCGAGGCGAACAUCGAGGUGUCUCUCAGCUCACUGUUGUUGAGAGACGGAAUUAUAUACUUCGCAAUAUCGACCAUCUUAACCUCGCGCAUGCUCCUCAACCUGCGAGAAGCGAGCCUUCGCACUAAUGGCGCGUCGACAUCUUCCCACCUCGGCGGGUCUCAGUUAGCAACCAUGCCUGACAUGGACUUUGCGCGCGGUGUCGAUGCAUUUGGGGCCAGCUGGAAUGAUGAUGAAGAUGCGGACGUCGACGAAGGCGAGUUCGAGGAUGAUGAUGGGCUGGAGCGUGAGGUGAUUGGUAGCGAGACGGCGGGGAUCGUAUUGGCUGAAGCAUAG